GCCUGAUUGUUGCCUUUGCCUCUGGCUGUGCAGGACACCGCGGGAGUCGGACUGAACAAAAGUACCCCUCAUCACCGUCAUAGUAAACUGUUUCAGAGGAUUUGGGCAAAGGCAAGUGCGACGGACACAGGAUGAUGGAAAUACGCCUUGAAUGGAUUUCGUCUUGGCAUUUGAUCAUUUCGAUUCUCGAAUUUGCCCGGUUACGUAGAUGUUUGGUGGAUACAAUUACUAUCCAACAUAUAAAAAGUGAUGAUUCCUCUAUUUUUUGGACUCAUCAUCAUUCAGACAAUUUCCUCUCAAGUGAAUAUCAAAGUUCAAGUCGAACAGUCAGGCUAUAAGCUCUUAAACUCCACCAAUAUAUCUUCAUCUCCAUCGCAAUGGCCAACGGCAACGACAGCAAACCCCCAAAGAUCGCCACUGUGGCGCAAUCUGGCUCCAAGGGGCCGUCCAACGGGGUAUACACCGGCAGCGACAAGAAAUCAAAAUCCAACGAUCGCUCGUACCAGAUGGAGCGAUUUCUGUCUCAGGGCCGUACAGACGAACCGUGGAACGCGUAUACGCGGUUGAGUCGACCGUAACCGACAGUCACUGGCUGUACCUUGGUCGAUUUGUACAGUAUUUAUGGGUUAUGUUUGACGCUUUGAUGCUUUGAUGGAUUAUUGAUAUUUUACGGUUAUUGAUUGACUAUGUUGGAUUAUGGGAUUAUGGAUUAUGGAGUGUUGGGAUAGGGACGGUGUUGGAUAGAGGAUUUGCGAUUCCGCCUUGGGAGUUUUCAUUUUCAAUUUGUAUGAGUCAUCAAGGCAGAUUGUGAUUAGUUAGGAAUAGUGCAUUCAUUACAUGGCGCAGUUGAGGGAUUAAGUAAAUGGGCCUUGUGCCUUGUAGUGACAGCCUUGCGGUGUUUAUGCUGAUGGACCCUUUUUCUGAUUGUGUCCCUAGGUUAUACCAUAUCGG